UAAAAUUACCACAAAAUGAAGUCGAUGUAUCGUUAUGUGGUAUUAACGUUCACGGGACAGCAAAUCCGGCGGUAUUGAAGAACACCAACGACGGCCAAAUUGGCGGUGGUGCCCCAUAGCAAAAACGAUUCAGAAGGAUAACCGGGCGGCCAUCGAUAGAUGACUGGAAUCUUCCGUCGUCAUUCUAUCCUCUCUCCGAAACACCAUCAUCAUCGUUUCGCAUCCACCUCUCUGCUUUCUUCCAAAUUUCGACAACAAAACUCAACACCUCACUUGGAAAGAGAGCUCCUGAUUUCUCUCAUAAAAUCAUGUACCCACAAAUCCCAAUUGCUCCAAAUCCAUGCCCACAUCAUCCGUACUUCUUCCAUUCAAGACCCCAUUGUUUCCCUCCGCUUCUUGACUCGCACCGCCUCUGCCCCUUUUCGCGAUUUGGGCUAUUCUCGACGAUUCUUCUCUCUCCUGACGAACCCAUUUGUUUCUCAUUAUAAUGCGAUGUUGAGAGCCUAUUCUUUGAGCCCUUCACCUCUGAAGGGAUUGUACAUGUACAGAGAUAUGGAAAGGCAAGGAGUUCGCGUCGAUCCCUUGUCUUCUUCCUUUGCCGUUAAGUCUUGUAUAAGAAUGCUUUCAUUAUUUAGUGGGGUUCAGAUUCACGCGAAGAUUUUUAGAAAUGGGCAUCAAUCGGAUAGUCUUUUGCUCACCUCCAUGAUGGACCUGUAUUCUCAUUGUGGCAAACUUGAGGAUGCGUGCAAAUUGUUCGACGAAAUUCCUCAAAGAGAUGUUAUUGCUUGGAACGUUUUGAUUUCUUGUCUAACUCGAAAUAAACGGACUAGGGAUGCUUUAGGUUUGUUUGACAUCAUGCAAAGUCCAACAUAUCUCUGCGAACCUGAUAAAGUUACUUGUUUACUUCUCCUCCAAGCUUGUGCAGACUUGAAUGCAUUGGAAUUCGGUGAAAGGAUUCAUAAUUAUGUUCAACAGCACGGUUAUAAUACUGAGAGUAAUUUGUGUAAUUCGUUGAUAUCGAUGUAUUCGCUGUGUGGGCGUGUGGACAAGGCUUAUGAAGUGUUUGAUAAAAUGCCGGAGAAAGAUGUUGUUUCAUGGAGUGCGAUGAUUUCCGGGUUAUCAAUGAAUGGACAGGGGAGAGAAGCUAUUGAAGCGUUUUGGGAGAUGCAAAAGAAGGGUAUUGAGCCUGAUGAUCAUACUUUCACUGCAGUUCUUUCUGCUUGUAGCCACUGUGGCCUUGUUGAUGAAGGAAUGGCUUUUUUUGAUCGUAUGAGACAGGAGUUCAGGAUAGUUCCCAACGUCUAUCACUAUGGAUGUAUGGUUGAUCUCUUGGGUCGCACUGGAAUGCUUGAUCAAGCCUAUAAACUCAUAAUGUCAAUGGAGGUGAACCCAGAUGCAACAUUAUGGAGGACCCUUCUUGGAGCUUGCAGAAUUCACGGUCAUGCAAACCUUGGGGAGCGCAUAAUUGAGCAUUUGAUUGAACUCAAAUCUCAAGAAGCUGGAGAUUAUGUGUUGUUGCUGAACAUUUAUUCUUCGGCUGGCAACUGGGACAAGGUAUCUGAAUUGAGGAAAUUUAUGAAGGAGAAGGGUAUUUAUACUACACCUGGCUGCACCACAAUAGAAUUGAAUGGGGUGGUGCAUGAGUUUGCUGUGGAUGAUAUUUCGCAUCCUAUGAAGGACAAGAUCUACGAGAAGUUGGAUGAGAUCAACAAGCAGCUAAAGAUUGCAGGUUAUGAAGCUGAAAUAUCUUCUGAAUUACACAGAUUAAAGGCAGAAGAUAAGGGGUAUGCGCUUUCUAACCAUAGUGAAAAAUUGGCCAUAGCCUUUGGGGUUCUUGCAACUCCGCCAGGAAGAACCAUCAGAGUGGCAAAUACCGUUCAUAUUUGCAUGGAUUGUCAUAACUUUGCUAAGUAUAUCUCCAGUGUUUAUAACAGAAAAGUGGUUGUUAGGGACCGAAGUCGGUCACAUCAUUUCCGAGAGGGUCGGUGUUCCUGCAAUGAUUAUUGGUAGUGACCGAACACCAUAAAGUCUCAGAAUAUUACAUGAUCCACGAGGAAAAUUUUCCCAGAGCUUUCAGCUUGUGGCCAUGGGCUGUUUCUGAAGAUGGGAGACGAGAGUCUGAUAUUGCAACAGAAGCUGGAUUAAAGCUUUGUCAUACUACACAAAGAAGUAAAAGUGAAUGCUGAACGUUCUCCUCUCUUAAAGAACUUCGCCAACAAACCGAUUCUGUUUAAUUUUCAGGAACUUCUAUUGAAAGUGUUUGCCCGGACCACAUCCAAUGUAAUAGCAACAAAAGAACUUCUUUGGAUCAUACACGCCCACUGGAAUUGCUCGACUUCUUCCUCUCAUUACUUCAAUUGGCAUUGUAUCACGAGUGUAGGAUUCCCAUUCAUGUUACAGGUUUAGCCCCUUCUGCUUUGGAACUUCUGCUGCUAUUGGAACAGGUUUUCCACGUAACUGUUUUCUUUUCUUCCCCAACUUUUUCAAGAUGAUAUUAGAGCAUGGUGAUGAGAAUGUCGCUGGAAUAGAAGAGAUUCAGUCAUCGACUCUAGCAGGGGAUGGAACUACAGGAGAAAAUUCUAACAAUGCUGAAAUUAGGGCUACCGUCGACCAAUAUCUAGGGUCAUUACUUGGACCGAUUCAAAUCCAACACACGGGACAGUAGCUCCUCGUCGAUCCAGCCGUUACUGCGAUCGGAGGACCUCCGUCACUGCCGUCGAGACUCGAACAUCCUCUGUUGGUCCAGCCCAAACACGAGCGCUUGCCAUCGACGAUUCCGUUGUUCCAACCACCGAUCGCAACCCAGACACAGUCAGCAGAGCUUUUCCAGGUCAGUCGUCCUCUCAUCCUUCAGUAUUUUUUUCGUCUUUGCCCAGCUCUUCGGCCGUCCGUUCCCCGAAUCCAAACCAAAUCACCUACCUUCCGUCUCCUUUACCCAGUCUUUCGAACGUGCCCGGCCUCUCGGUCUACCAAAACCCACCAAACCACUCGAACUAGCCGGUCCAGUCGAACCCGGUCCAGCUGAACCCGGUCCAGCCCAACCCUGUACAACAAGUUUUUUUCUCCCACUACUUAUCCUCUGGUCAGCCAGCUCCUCAAGUUGGUCUUCCCACAUCGGUAGAAACAAUAUCAUCAGGGUCUAUGGGCAGAAACAACCUACAACGAUUUUUAGUGGGACAGUUAGCGUUCAACAACAACUGGCAAAUCUGCAGAGUAGAUUUGUGUACUUGGGGCAGCUGUUAGAUCUACGGCCAAUUCAUCAAUUGAUUUUCUACCAGAUACAUAUCUGGAGGUUCCGUUAUGUUCAGAAACUCCGGUAACUGCUUACCCUACUUUACCUUUCGCAAACAUUAUGUAUGGUUCUGUUGGCAAUUCUGCAGGAUUUUCUAUUGGCGAAAAACUUAAUGGUCAGAACUACUUUUCUUGGUCACAAUCUGUGAAGAUGGUUCUCGAGGGACGGCACAAGUUCGAGUAUCUAACAGGGGAGAUACCAAGACCAAAUCCUGGAGAUCUUCAGGAAUGUAUAUGGAAAGGGGAGGAUUCCUUCCUCAGCUCAUUUUUAAUAAACAGUAUGGAACCUCAGAUCGGGAAGCCUCUUCUUUACUCAGCUUCGGCUUGGGAUAUCUGGGAAGCUGUCCAGAAACUUCAUUCGAAGAGGCAGAAUGCUUCACGCCUUUAUACAUUGAGAAAACAGGUGCAAGUAGGGGACUCUCGGCGUAACAUCCUAUUUCAAUAAAUUAUCACUUUUGUGGCAAGAAAUGGAUCUGUGUCGAGAAAUAGUUUGGAAUUGCCCAGUUGAUGGGGUUCAGUAUUCGAAGAUUGAGGAGGUUGACCGCGUAUAUGAUUUUCUAGCUGGCUUAAACUCGAAAUUUGAUGGUGUUCGGAGCCGAAUUUUGGGACAAAGACUAAUGUCGUCCCUGAUGGAAGUUUGCUCAGAGGUCAGAUUGGAAGAAGAUUGAACUAGCACUAUGAAUGGUACAACGCCUAAUGCCCUAGACUCUGCUACGUUUGGAGUCAAGUCAUCGGGAUCAGAGAAUGACAAAUAGAGUAGAAAAACCCCUCCAAUUUGUGAACAUUGUAAGAAACCAUGGCAUACGAAAGAUCAGUACUAGAAAUUACAUGGCCGACCUCUAAAUGGCAAGCGACGUCCUCCGAACGAUAAAUCUAAGUCUAGUCGAGCCUUUGUUAGUGAAACAAUUGGUCGUGCUCCUCCAGGGACGAGCCAGGUGGAUCCAGGUACAGUCGAAACCGACAAUAUUGCGCAGUCAGGUACUCCCAAUUCCUUUAGUUUCUUUGCUGAGGGAGAUGAAUCUUCGAUUCUUGAUUCCAAAGCAACGGACCAUCUAACUGGAUCAUCUGAUCAUUUUCUCUCUUAUUAUCCAAGUGCUGGAAAUGAUAGAAUAAGAAUUGCAUAUGGGAAUUUGCCCCCGUUGUUGGAAAGGGUCACUUAUCUCCAAUUCAAGGACUGAUUUUAUAGAAUGUCUUACAUGUGCCAAAAAUAUCGUAUAAUUUGCUAUCAAUCAGUAAGUUAACCAGAGAUUUGAACUGCAAAUUCGUGUUCUCACCAGAUAAUGUUUCGUUUCAGGACCUGAGCUCUAGGAAGAUGAUUGGCACUACCCGGCACAAUAAGGGGCUCUAUUUCCUUUCCGAGGAUGCUUCUUCUAGGAGUUGUUUACUGUCUUCUCUUACUAUUUCUGAAACUGAUUUCUUAUUAUGGCAUUUUCGUCUUGGACAUCCAAACUUUCAUUAUAUGAAAUAUCUAUUUCCACAUUUAUUUCGAAAUGUGAAUGUGUCAUCUUUGUCGUGUGAUGUUUGUAUUUGUGAUAAACAAUCUAGGGCGUCUUUUACCUCACAACCCUAACCUUCCCGACCCUUCCAUCUGAUACAUAGUGACGUUUGGGGUCCGUCGAAUGUCACAAUGGUGUCAGGUAAAUGGUGGUUUGUUACCUUCAUAGAUGAUUACACCCGUCUUACAUGGGUGUUCCUUCUUAUAGACAAGUCUGAAGUGACGACGGUCUUUCAAUAGUUUUACAUCACCAUCAAAACCCAGUUCAAUACCAAAAUCGCCAUUCUUCGAACUGACAAUGGGUGUGAAUUUAUUAAUCAGUCCCUUCGUGAGUUUCUAGACUCCAAAGGUAUCGUCCACCAAAAUUCUUCUGCCUAUACGCCUCAGCAGAAUGGAGUAGUCGAACGGAAAAAUCGUCACCUCAUUGAAGUAGCACGAUCCCUCAUGAUACCUGCAUCCUUAUCCUCGCUAUGGGGGGAUGUUGUACUUACUACAGCUCAUCUCAUCAAUCGGAUGCCCUUUUGUGUGCUUAAAUUCCAAACCCCUUUAGAGCAUUUUAAAGAAUCCAUCUCGUCCACUUGCUUUUUCCCAGAUGUUCCUCUUAGGGUUUUUGGGUGCACCGUUUUCGUCCAUAAUCACCGUCCUCACCAGAGUAAAUUUGCUCUUAGGGCCCAAAAAAGAGUCUUUGUUGGGUGUCCGCUCCAUCAACAGGGCUACAAGUGCUUUCAGCACCUUCCUUUCGAAAGUAUUUUGUCACCAUGGAUGCCACAUUUCUAGAGGACAAGCCCUUCUUUCCCGUUAGCUCUCUUCAGAGGGAGACUUUGAAUGAAGAGGCUACACUUCCACCUACUCUAUUCCGUUAGACUUGUUUCCUGAACCUAUCCCUAAAACAAAUGAGUCUGUCUUCCUUACAAAACAAGUGCCUUGGAUAACCUACUAUAGGAAGCAUCUCCGAAAGAAAAUAGUUUCUGAAAUUCUUCCCCCUGUUGCUCCAUCGGAAGGUGUUCAAGAGUCAGAAUCGGACUAGCUCAGGCUCAAGGUACCCCUAGUCAUAAGGACAAUGAGUAUGUUGAAGGUGAUGUAGGGGACUCGGGGGAAGUCAGGGAUGUAAUGAAGCACCAAGUGGUACUCAAGGGACUGAAAAUGGAUAACAGUUGGGUACAGAUCAACAGACAUACAUGAUCAGUGAGAUUGAGAUUGAUGCUACCUUGGAUUUGCUGAUAGCUCUGCGGAAAGGUACAAGGUCGUGCACCAAACACUCCAUGAAAAGCUUCUUGUCUUACAGUAACCUGUCUACGAGAUUUAGAGCUUUCACCACCAGCCUGG